AUGACGCUCAACAAAGCACACAAAGACCUCGAACACAAUCACAAGGUGGUCUUCGUGUACGCAUCCCAUCGGCAGAUCUUGCGUCCAUCCACUUUUCACCUCUUGUAUCACAGAGCACUCCACGAUGCCAUCCUGCGCUCCUUCCUCGAGACCGCAUACGAGUCCAUCCGAUGCGAGGCCAGCGCCGCAGCCGACUCGCUCGAGCUCGAGCGCUCCGGUGCACCUGCUCUACCGGCUUCCUUCGAAGGGCUCGCCGAGACCACCGCUGCCCCCCUCUUCAGCUUCUUCGUUCUGUCUCUCACGACUCUGGCUCAAAUCGGCACGGUCCUCGCCGCAAGGCAAGACUUCAAAGAUGCCAUGUUGGGUGACUUCCCCGCCGUGUGGGAUCCCGAAUCCUUUCUGACGAUGCGCAUCCUCCACACGACCGACGCCUCUUCCACCCUCGAAGUCAUCGCUCGUGCUGUCGAGACGAUCCGACUCGCGACCUGGAUCGACAUGUUUCUGUCUCCUGGCAGCUUUGAGGAGGCGCAUGGUAGACUCGAAAGGCUCACGGUCCGAGGAGGCGAUGGGAUGCAUGCAGUCCUGGACAAGUGUCGUCAGGGUAACAACCUCAUUCAACAGACCCUGUACGGCUUUACCCUCGGCGUCUCCCCGCACGGUCCAGAGGCGGGCGUCCUGCACGAGUCGCAAGGUGUUCUCGUCACCGAAAAAUCCAAGGUGCCGCUCUUGGACGAGGCUCAGUGGACUCGGAUUCACGAUGGUCUCCAGGCUUGCAUCGAGAAACGCCGUAUCGGGGUCUCUCUCUGCCCUGGCAUGGCCCUUUGUGGUGACCCGUCGAGCAUCAUCGAGGUCGAUCUGGCCGAUCUUUUCCGGAUGCCUGACAUUGGACGCUCUCAAGCACAGUCCGACGGUGCCCUAGCGCAACUUGCACACGACAUCAAUCUUUCGCGCGUCUACAUUCCAAACGUCAAUGUUCUGCUCGUCGGUGGCACCACCGACGACGCUUGCAUCUCGGCAGUGACACGACAUCUCACGUCACAAGCAAUGCCGCACGAGCACAUCAAGCUGCUCAAUCUCCUCUCGCCCAAAGACUCUCAGCGAUUCGGAAACGAGCCUGUCAACCUCUCCAAAGUCAAGGGAAAUCCUUGCGAACAGAUCGCCAUCGUCGGCAUGUCCUGCCGUGUGCCUGGUGCCUCUGAUGCGGACGACCUCUGGAGGCUCCUUCAAGAGGGCAAAGACACUCUUCAAGAGAUCCCCGAGAGGCUCUACCGCUAUCAAGACUACCAUUCCGCCUCGUAUCGCGAUCGGAACGUCAUGCGCGUUCGAACUGCCAACUGCCUUUCCGAUCCAAGCCUCUUCGACAAGAGCCUGCUCGAGGGCGUCGGCUCGGUCGAUGACUGCGCAAAGCUUGACCCUCAGCAGCGACUGGCCAUCUUGACCAUCCACGAGGCGCUUCAGAGGGCAGGCUACGGCUUCUCUCCUCGUCAUCCGCCAAAGCACCCGCAGCAGUGGAGCUCCCACUUUGCCUACUGCAGCGAUGACUACCGCGAGCAUCUCAGUCGCGAUAUUGACGGCAGCCUUGUUCCCAGCACGCACCGCGCACAUCUCGUGGCCAGAGUCAACGAAACAUUCGGCUUCCGAGGCGAGGCUUGCUCCUAUGACACUGCUUGCAGCUCUGCCUUGGCCGCAGUCGAGGGGGCAUGCAGUAGCUUGCUCGCCGGCGAGACGUCAGCGGCAGUCACGGGGGGCGUCAAUAUCAUCACACAGCCGCAGAUCACCAUCGGACUCGACCGCGGCUUCUUUCUCUCGCCUUCGUCUCAAUGCAUGACGCUGGACGAUGCCGGUUCAGGCUAUUCCAGAGCCGAUGCAGUGUCCAUCAUGCUGCUCAAGCGACUCACCGACGCGGUGCGCGACAAGGAUCCUAUCCUAGCCGUCAUCUCCUCGGCUGCGACGAACCACUCGGGCGAGUCUUUCUCCAUCACCCAUCCUCACGGAGAGACUCAGUGCAGGCUGUACCAAUCCGGCAUGCUCGCCAGUGGAACCCUGCCACGCGACUAUUCCUACAUCGAGAUGCACGGCACGGGGACGCAGAGUGGCGACUUAGAAGAGGUCACCGGCAUCGUCGAGACGUUCGGCGCAAAGAAGAGGCCCGGCGAGUCUCCACUAGUGCUUGGCUCGGUGAAAGCCAAUGUCGGGCAUUCGGAAGCGGCUUCCGGGGCUACCAGUAUGAUCAAGACGAUCCAGAUCUACAAUCAUGAUUUGGUGCCACGACACAUCGGCAUCCGCACAAAGCUCAACACCAAGCUUCCGCCCCUCGACGGGCUGCACAUUCCACUCGAGGAGACCAAGCUCGACCGCCUCAACUCAACGUUCACGCUCGUCGACAACUUUUCGGCAGCGGGCGGCAAUUCUUCCAUCAUCAUGGACCGGGGCAGUCGUUACCGCGAGCGCCUCUUGAGCCUGUCCAAGGAAGCCGAGGCGAUGCCGGACGACUCUGUCUCGAGUGUUAAGCAGCAUCUGCUCUUCGUCACGGCUGCUACGCCGUUCUCACUGGACGCACAUAGGAGGCAGCUGAUCGCGUUCUUGGACCAGAACCGCGACGUCAGCCUGCGCGAAUUCUGCAGCAAUGUUUCCCUCAGCGAUGCCAUGUAUCGCUACCGCCUGAUCGGUACACCCGCCACCCUUGCCGAAGCAAAGGCUUGCCUCAGCAGCCAGGAAUCUAUCUGCGUCAGCGACCGAUCUGUGAAGGACAUGGCCAUCGGAAUCGCUUUCAGUGGUCAAGGCGCCCAGUAUCUGGACAUGGGCCGGGAGCUCUACGAGCACAGCCCUACUUUCCGUCGACACGUCGACGCUUGCAACACCAUCGCGCUGAGCCUAGGACUGCCAGCCUUGGUCGCGGUCAUCCAUCCAGGAUGCAACGAGGCAUCGGCUCAGCGUGACUCCACAGUGGGGACGCGCGCAGCCGAUGCCUUCAGCCCGGCGCAGUACCAGCUGGCCUUGACUGCGGUCGAAGUGGGGCUCGCAUCCUUGCUCCUCGACUGGGGCCUCAAGCCAGCUUGCUUGGUGGGACACUCGCUCGGAGAGUAUACAGCAAUGUGGAUGUCGGGCAUCCCCUCUCUCCACAGCUUGAUCGAUCUCGUCGGUCGACGCGCUCUGCUCAUGAUGGAGCGCUGCCAGCCCAACGCCACGUCGAUGCUGGCCAUUCGAGUGCAUCAUGCACAGGUCGCACAGCUGCUCAAGGAGUCUGGAUCCGAAAGCCUCGAGAUUGCCUGCAUGAACAGUCCCAACGACACCGUCGUCGCGGGCAGCACGGUCGAGAUCGAAACGCUCAUGCGACUCUGCGAGCACAAGGAUCCCAAGAUCAAAGCGAUGGCGAUUCCAGUGCCGUACGCAUUCCACUCGAAAGCAGUCGAGCCGCUGAUGGAGGACUAUGCCGAAGUGGCUGCUCGUCAUCGUUUCUCGCAGCCAAAGAUCAGCAUCGCAUCCAACGUCCUCGGCCAGGUUAUCGACGGCCGCAACGCAAGCAUCACUGCCGACUAUCUCGUCCGCCAUCUGCGUCAACCCGUACGCUUUUGCGAAGCAAUCCUGGACCUUCAGAGCAAGCUUCAGAUCGACACGUGGGUCGAAGUGGGCCCUCACCCGACCUGCAUACCCAUGCUCAAGGGCUGUUACGCCGAGUCCGAGCAUGCACCAGCCUUCUUGGCCUCUUUCCGCCGGGGAAGCUCGUCGUGGUCAUCUAUCCUCGGCUUGGUCAAGGAGUUGGCAUCUCGCGGCAUCGACCUCGAUUGGGGAAAGGCUUUCGGCGACCUCGGACUGCGUUUCUGUCACAAGGGCCUGAGCGCAAGUCUUCCGCUGUAUCCGUUCGACUACGAAGAACACUGGAUCCCGUUCAAGGAUCGAGGACUGCGCGAUGGUCUCAACCCAGCGAGCAUCAAGCAGCCUGACGCCGCGGAGACUAGCACUAAACGUGAGGUUCCCUCGAAACCGAGACUGCCUCGGCCAUCGUACGCCCUUCUGUCGCAGUGUGUCAGGCUCGAGGCCGAUCCACCCUCCGCGCAGUUCCUGGCGCGCACAAACCAGCGCCCCUUCAGCGACAUGAUCAAAGGCCACAUCAUUCUCGGCACGGAGCUGGCUCCGGCGACCGUGUUUGUCGAGCUUGCGCAGGAAGCCGGCAUGUACUGGUGGGAUUUGGACGCGAAGGCGGCUCGACCGGCCGGUCAGAAGGAGGAAGACGUGGUGAUCGAGGUGUUGGAGCUUUCCAUGGUCGCGUCACUGUACCUCAACGAGCGUGACCCGAAGCAGAGCAUCGAGGUGAGCUUGCAGGGCGAUCCCUGGUCCCACGGCGGCUCGAUCGUGCAGUUCUUCUCUCACAGCGAGCACCGCCACCAGAAGCAUCAGUACGGCGCUUGCAGGAUCCGCAUCGUCAGCGUCGACGCUGCCCAGCACGACUGGACGAAGCUCGCGCACCUCAUCCAGACAGCUGCCGCCAAGGUUCAAGCCGACUCGUCAUCUGUCAUCAAGACCAAGACCGUCUACCGAAACUUUGAGGCCAUCGUCAAGUACCUCGGUGGAUUCAGAGGCAUGGAGACCGUCUGGCUUAGCGAAGGCGGUGAAGAAGCCACCUCCGAAGUCCGACACCACAACGAGGCCGCGCACGGCCGAUUCGUGUGCAGCCCGAUGCUGUUGGACAGCCUCGGAGGGCUGACUGGCUUUAUCAGCAACGUCCGCUUCGCUGAAGGUCCGUACGUAUACAUGGCAGACGGCAUCGGCCGCAUUGUGACACUGCCUGGCUUGCGAAAGAUGCAGCCCGGCGGUGCUACUUCAGUGCGGGUCUAUGCCAGGAUGCAGAGGGACAAGGACCUGUCGAGGGGCGAUGCCUACUUCUUUCUGCCCGACGGUCGAUUCAUGGGCUCGAUGGAAGAUAUCGUCUUCAAGCGCAUCCGACGCGACAUGCUGCUCAGACUUGUGCAGCUCUCGAGCAAGGCAUUCUUCAACGAGGCGGAUCGAGCGGUCAAAGCCCAGCCGAGCGCCAACGUCCACGAGAGCGACAACCCUUCGCAGAACUCCGCCCGCAGAUCUUCUACCAAUCAGCCAAAACCGAUUCCGGGAUUGGAGAGCAAGGCAAACGGCAGCGCGGCUCACAAUGCUCGCCUCCAGGGCGAGACGAGUAGUGACUCGCCGAUGAACGAGCUGACCGACCCCAGCAAGCGCUCGAACGCCUCGAAGCCGCGUCACAUUGCAGGUCCACCGCUCAAGCACUUUGACGGGCGCGACGUCCUCUUCCUCUUUCCCGACGGGAGCGGGACAUCACAGAUGUAUCCACGCGUCGACACUGGCGGCCGACUGUCCAUCUAUGGCUUCGACUCGCCUUAUCUGGGCCACAUCGGGGCAUGGAGUCGAGGUGUUGGCGAGCUGGUGGAUCAGUAUGUCGAGAUGCUCUGCCGCGCGCAACCGCACGGCCCGUACCGACUCGGCGGCUGGAGUAUCGGCGGUGUCGUCGUGCUCGAGGUGUGUCGGCGCCUCCUCUCGCUCGGCCACGAGGUGGCGUUUGUCGGCCUCAUCGACACGCCAAGCCCGCUACAGAUCAAGCCGAUUCCGACGGGCACGCUUGACGAGAUGCUUGGGCGCAUCGCCUCGCCCACGGUGCGCGAGCACUUCCGCUCAUGCGCACUCAGUCUGCCGGGCUACCGCUGCCUCGCAUUUGCCGAGAACGACGCAAAGCCAGCAAAGAUCAUCGUGGUCAAUGCGGCUCAUGACUCGGGGUUGAAGCCUGUGAUGGCGAGCGAGCCCGAGUGGCGCACGUUCUGGUCGGGCACGGCCCACCUCGCUUGGCACCAAGUGGCGGGCGACCACUGGACGUGUCUGGAGCCGGCGCUGCGGCUCAUUGUCGAGAGCGCCCUGUAA